AUGGCGGCUAAAACCAUUGCUGUUCUUUGUGCGUCAGCAAUUAUUCUUCAGACUGUAGCAGCACAAUGCGCCAAUUCUUUCGCACCGCGUCCUUUUGUUGGUCCUAUCCCUAACAUAGGGUGUGGCAGCAUUAACUAUAACUCUCCAAUUGCGGCUGGCCUGACUAGUGCCAAAACAAAUGCUGGCAGCUUUACUGUUACCUCCUCAUCACCCAUUGCACCUAGCGGAGUGUCUGUAGUGUCAGAAUACGUCAUCGAAGGUCCUCUGGCAGUUACUGGAGAGCUACCAUUACUGGGGGCUAUAGGUAUGGAUGGAGAGCUGCCUACUGGAGGAGAGGCUGGCACUUCUUACGCUUGCGGUAGUAAUGUUGGUAUUACUAGCGAGAGCUUAGCCAAUGCUGGUGUAAAUGCGUAUGGCUCUUCUGGUUUGUCGGCUAACCUUGCUGGUGUCAAUCUAGGCAGCGGACUUGCUGCCAGGUUAGGACAUGGUUACAGUUGUGUUUAAGUUUAUUGUUUAUUUUAAAAUAAAUUUUCUUUUUGUUUUUGUUAUUUUGUAG